AUGUCGCUAUUUACAACUCGCCAGAGACACCUGACAAUCCCUGGUCCAGUGGUGCAAACUGUGGCCAGUCUGCAUAGACCACCACCUACCGCCAAGCCGUCAUCAUUUUACGAUAUUCCGCAAACCGAACUCUGCCUCCGUGCGGAAAAAAUGAUCCAGGAACAAAUUCCUAGCUGGGCCGCCAACCAUUGCUUUCGUACGUAUGCCUUUGGCCUGGCUAUCGCAAACUAUGCAGGGUUUGACACCGAUCAGGCGAAAGUAGAGCUUGGGUUCGACAAAGAGUUUCAUUUUCUCACCUGUGCCCUUCACGAAUGGGGAAUGAGUGAAGAGGGAAUCAAACAAAGCAAACUUUCGUUGGAGUUAUGGGGCGCCAUCCGGGCCCGAGAAUGGAUUCUUGAACAGGAUUGUGACAUCUCUGAAGCCAGAAUUCAGCCGCUCGGUGAAUGGGCAGAUUUGGCAGCGGAGGCUAUUGCACGCCAUACUAUUGAAUUCCGAGGCUUUAGUAAGAGUGUCAACCUUCAAACGGCACUUCUUACCCUCGGCUCUGGUCAGGAUCUGAUGGGUUUGUCGUCGGCUUUUGUGCAUGCCGAUGAUAUCAAAAUUAUCUGUGAAAGAUGGCCACGUAUUGGAUAUGUAGAUGGGCUUCGCGCUUUGACUCGAGAGGAGGUGGAACGGAAGCCAGGUUGUCUUUUCGAAGGCUGCUGGGGUGAUUUUGACCCUGGUAUGUACAAUGUGUCAUGCUUCAAGGGGCUACAGGGCUCCUUGUCAGAGGCGCCCAGCUCCAAACUGUAA